ACUUCCGUUUCCUAUUCACAACACUGAAAUCGACAUUCUCUUUGGACAUGUGGAAAUACCAAACGCCACGAUAUUUCUCCUUAUAUAUAUAUACUAGUAUAUAAUAUAUAUAUAUACUCGGUUUAAACUGAUCGCUAUAUACGUAUGUGUAUGUAUAUAUAGACAGACAUGUGGAAAUAUUCGACAAACCCAACGGCUCUGCUACAAUAUAUAUACCUGUAUAUAUACACAAACAUCUAUACAUACCUACAUAUGUUUAAACACACCCACAUAUAUAUACACACAUGAGCAUUUAUAGUAAGAACUAGCUAAUAAGCAAAAGAUGUUUUUUUUUUAGAAAAUGCUUCUUCUUUCUCCAAAUAUAUUUAAUUUUAUAUAUUUUCCAUAUUUUAACAUGAACGAUGUAUAUGAAUGAAUAUAUAACCAUUUUCUGUUGAUCAUUUUUUUCGAAGUUUCCUCUCUCUCUCUCUCUCUCUCUCUCUAUAUAUAUAUAUAUAUAUAUAAUACAAAUAAUAAAUGAGUAUAUACAUCUACCUGUAUGUAUAGAUGCAUAUCUGGGUGCAGGACGUUGAAAACAAAACGUAGACAAAAUGAUAAACAGAGUACAGAAAACACACAGGCCACAUUGAGAACAUCUCCUUCAUCAGCUGCCUCCAUAUAUAUAUAUAUAUUGUGUAUGUAUGUAUAAAGAGCAAAGCUAUCAUUCUUAACGCGGAUUCAUCUAUAUAUGUUACAUGAACUAUUUCUCUUUGGAAGACUCGGAUCUUUGGCGGGUACGCAUGCAAAGCAUAACAUAUCUAUCACCAAUUAAUCAUUGAUUUGAAUUUAGACAAUGUCCGGCACUGGAUCAUUCAUACGGAUUACGCUUGUAAUUUUCAAGUUGCUUGUGUUUGUCAGCUGUCAGCAGCAGCAACAUCUGAAAGCAACUUUGCAGCAAGGAACCAAACAACAGAUACUUCCUGCUGGCAACCAUGAUAAUGUUCUUGUGGUUUCAACACUUAGUGGUUCCUUAUAUGCCCAAGUACCAAAUACUGGGAAAAUUCUUUGGAUUCUUAAAGAAGAUCCUGUGCUGAAAAUGCCUAUUGAUUUCUCAUCAAAGGCUCCCAGCUACUUUCUACCAGAUCCCACCGAUGGAACUCUUUAUGCGGUUACCAAAGACAUUGUGGGUAUCAAGAGACUCCCAUUUACCAUUCCAGAACUUGUGUCGACAGCUCCUUGUAAAAGUAGUGAUGGAAUGCUUUAUUCUGGUUCCAAAAAAGAUGUCUGGAUUGCUGUUGAUCCGAAGACUGGAAACAAACUCUAUACACUUAAAAUGGACGGGACGGAGAACGUGUGUCCUUCUACGAAUGAAAAUAUCAUUUUCAUUGGCCGUACAGGUAGCUCCGUAGAAAUGAGUUGCAAUGUCACUGGUGCCAAGCUGUGGAAUGCUACAUUUAUGGACUAUUCUUCACACAUAGCACAAGAUUCUGAUUAUGAUUUACGUCACUUUUCUGGCAGUUCCAAAGGCCUGGCUGUUACAUUAGAUGGCAAAACAGGAGAAAUUCUUUGGUAUAAAAAUUAUGACUCUCCAGUUGUGGCCAUGUACAGCCUCGGACAGGAAGGUCUUCGGAAGGUUCCAUUCACCAGCUUUGCUCCCGAAACCUUGGAUCACUUGACCGGUCAGUUGUCUGAUACUCUGUGGAAGGAUAGAUUUCUUGACCAUGGAAAACAACAAGAAUUUUUCCGUACUCUCUAUGUUGGCGAGUACGAACAUGUCCUCUAUGCUUUGGACUCUUACGUUGAUGAAAAUACAGUGGCAGUUUCACCCAAGAACAAGGUCCGCUUAAUCGAAGGCCCGUCUAUGUUUAAUCUAGAGAACCAAACGAAAGCCAACCUCUCUGACCCCGGCCCCAACUACCAACAUGAUUCUGCUUUAUUCAUCAUAGGUUACCAUGAAGUACCAGAAUUGGCAUUGCGGCGUAUAUCCCAUGCCUACCAAAUUACUGGUGAGAAUCGUCUACCUUCUCACACGAAAGACAACAUACACAAAAGUUCCUUGAAGAAAGCCAACAAUAAGGAAAUAAAAGAUAAUUCCAGUGAUUCACCAUUGUCAAAUAAUGACCUUGACGGCACGAAAAUUCUAAUCACACUGCUCCUUGUGCUUUUUGGAGUUGCUUCCUUGAUUGUCUUUUACAUACCAUGGCAAACAGCCCAGUUACUUCGGAAGUUCCUACUUCAGCAUGCCAACCAGAGUCCAGACAUAUCACUACAGAAGUUAUUACUUCAGCAAACUAACCAGGUCCAAGAGGUUUCCAGAGAUUCCAGUGACUCAACUGACAGAACAAUCCAACAACUAACCCCUUUGUUAAAUCAAUCUGAAAACUCAAGUGAAUCUUUACCAGACGGUGCAGUCAGUGUUGGCAAGAUUCUGUUUUACCCACGAGACAUUCUCGGACAUGGAUCAGAAGGCACAAUUGUCUUCAAGGGUUUAUUUGACAGUCGAGAUGUUGCUGUGAAGCGUCUGUUGCCAGAAUGUUUCAGUCUGGCUGAUCGUGAGGUUGAGUUGCUGCGAGAAUCUGACCAACAUCCAAAUGUUGUGAGAUACUUCUGUACGGAAGCUGAUUCUCAGUUUCGGUACAUAGCUUUGCAAUUAUGUACAGCAACUCUGGCAGAUUAUGCUGAAGAUCGAUGUCCGUUGCUGAAGGAAUUUGACCAGCGAUCUUUGUUGCAUCAAGCUAUUUCCGGUAUACAACACUUACACUCACUGGACAUUGUUCACAGAGAUAUCAAACCCCAGAAUGUUCUUCUUUCAAUAUCCGGUGUUCAGAAUGAGCCAAGAGCUAUGAUUUCUGACUUUGGUUUGUGCAAGAAGUUAACUGCUGGCCAAGGUUCUCUCUCACAUCGGCCUGGAGUGACCGGUACCGAUGGAUGGAUUGCACCAGAAGUCAUUGCUUGUUCUGGUAGCCAGAAAAUAACAUGUGCUGUCGACAUAUUUUCCGCUGGUUGUGUAAUAUACUACGUAGUGACCAAAGGUCAGCAUCUGUUUGGUGACACCCUACAAAGACAAGCUAACAUUAUGGCAGGACAUUUUAAUUUAAGCUAUCUUGCUGAUGAAAGGUAUUUUAUGUGCCGAAGCUUAGUCCAACAAAUGAUUUCUUUUAACCCUCAUGACCGACCAACUUCGAAAAGUGUACUUAAACAUCCCUUCUUUUGGAACCAACUGCAACAGUUGCAAUUUUUUCAGGAUGUUAGUGAUAGAAUAGAAAAAGAGAAAGCAGAGACCUGUGAAAUUAUCCAGAGACUAGAAAUUGGCAGUGAACUUAUUAUCAAAGACAACUGGAAGCUACAUAUCACUGAAGAACUUCAAGAAGGUUGGUUAGCCAUUAAUUUUUUUGAUUAUUUUAUUUACAAAUGUAGUAUUAGGUGCAGAAGUGGCUGUGUGUUGUUUCUUAUGUUCUUUCUUUCUUUAUUUUUCCAGAGAAACCAUUAUAAAGAACUCCCAGAAGCAGUCCAAAGGUCAUUAGGUUCAUUCCCUACAGAGUUUAUUGAAUAUUUCACAUCCAGAUUUCCUCGUCUUUUAUUGCAUACUUACAAAGCAGCAGUUUGUUGUUCAAAUGAAAAUACAUUGUCUCAAUAUUACGAUACUUGAGAGAAAACGCACACACACACACAUGCACAACCACAACACGUAUACAUAUUUAUCAUUAAAAAUUCUGUGAUCUCAUAUAUUCAAAACUAUAACAAACAUAUAUAAACAUGUUAUAUAUACAGUCUCUAUUAAUAUACAUAUGAUAUAUGUAUGUAUAAUCAUUUAAAAAGCAAAAAAAAAGGAAGAAGUUUUUGUAUCAAAACAUUCUUUCUUUACAUUUUAAAAUUUCUAAAUAUUUUUAUCAUGGGAGGGAGGUAUGAAAUGUUAGUCAGGUUUUUAACCGAAUGUUUGCAAUUGUACAUAUAAUAAUAAUAAUAAUACAUUAUGAAUGGCUACAUUCCUAAACAGAACUAUGAAUAUAUAUAUAUAUAUAUAUAUAUAUAUAUAUAUAUAUAUAU